AAAACAACUCAAAUGUCAAAACGCUGUCAAAACACAAAAAAUGGCAACAAUAGAGAGACCAAAAACAAAGAAAAAGAAAAAUGUGAAAAAGUCUGAAAUGCAUAAAGUCGCUGAAAUCGUUGCAAGUAGUUCCAGUUCCUCAGUGGUUGAUGCAGAUGUCACAGCACGGUUAUCUGAAGAUAAUGAGAUUACUUCCGAUGACACUCUGGCUAUAAAAGAUAACGACGUUAUCAAGUCACCUCGAAAUGAUGAAAACCUAUCAGCUGGUUCAGGUGAAUUCGUUGACAUUGUGUCAGAAUAUUCAAACAAACUCAGUCAGCUCAACAUCGGUGAGUGUGAAAAGACUGCACCAACAUUGCAACACGAAAUGGUCACAGAGAUGCCAACCGAAAUUUCCACCGAAAUGGCAACGGAAUUGAUCACCGAAAUCCCAUCAGCACCAGAGGAAUCAAUGCCAGCUAUUACCGCUAUUCACUAUCCGAAACUAAUGGGCGUCGACGCUUUCGAAGCUGAACUGUCCGCCCCGGUCGGCCUUGAAACCACAGCUGUUGGAAUCAAAUGUAAGCCAUUCACUAAGGAACAGUUGAAGGAACUGUACUGUAAUCCGGAAAUCCCGAUGGCCGAACUGUUCGAAAGUGAAUUCAUCACAGCGGAACUACAGUCGAAUCACAGGGACCAUCCGCUCUACGACCUACUGAUGAAAUAUUCAAAAAGUCGCUACAAUCUGAUGAUCAAUCACGUUGACAUGCAAAACAUUCGGAAAUCCAUUCCGGACGAUACGUCACAAUUUUGGAACGUCGAAAGUCGGAAUGUUCGGUAUUCGGGAAAGUGUAAGGAUGGUACGGUCGUGAAUGGAAGUGAAUUUUACAAUUUUGCCGUACUCGAUGAACCGUUGGUGGAUAAGGUUCAAGCACUGCUGACCGACGCCACCAAUCUGAUAUGCACCAGUUCGUUUAGUAUGUACAAUUCGGAAAUCUGGCGCAUCGAAAUUGAGCGCAAAAUUGACGAACUAAUUACAUCGCGGCCGGAGUUCACCUGUUUUCCAGCGACUGCUCCGGUAACACUAAAUUUUAACGUUAAACCGGAUCUGUUUGAGGCAAUAGCCGACAUUCGGCUAUCAAUUUCGAUUUUAUUUUGUUUCACACGACGCCCACAGCCGGAUAAGACGUUCACCAACGAAAUCAAAAACUGGCUGACUAAACUAGUGGCAGUUCUGUUACGGCUAGCAACAUGGCAAGAUCAUCUGUUCCUGCUCUAUCACAUCUUGCGAUGUCCGGCUGGAGUUGCAUCCUGGGCGUCUAGCUUCAUUCAAAUUCCCAAGCCGACUGCCGACGAGAAUAGGUCAAUCUUCAAUAACGAGGAAGUGCACCACUGCAUGGCCCUAAUUCGUGCACUUCUGUUACCGAUAAAGACACGGAACGAAUUUUUGGCGCAGUUAAAAGAUGAUUCAAAGGUACUGGAUGGUGUCAAGGACGACCUGUGGGUGUUAGUGGACUCGGAUGGCGACGAAGAGAACACUGCGACCGGAGACUGCAUAGGUUUGAAGGAAAACGAUUUGAUUUUAUUUCUAAAUCAGUUGCCGUUCGAAGACUUAUUCGCCCACAUGACAUUCGCAGUUAAACGUUAUGACAAAUACACAAUCGCGGAGGACUCUGUGACAGGACAUCACCUGCUGAAAUUUAUAGCAUUUGCAACGGAAUUGGUCCAGCUGCUCGGCGAAGGGCUCAGCACCUAUGACACGGAACGAUUCAAACAAUUUUCGAAAAUGCUUAGCUUACUGGUUCGUCAUACCGUGCUGUAUGUGUCGAAUGUAAAUCAAAUGUUCAAAAACAAUUCCACAUCCAAGGACCUACAGCUCUGUCUUCGCAUUCAAACCGAAUACGAUACGUUUGUGCUGCGAGCUAUUCAGCACAUUUACAAAUCACGUAGCUUGGGAGCAUGGCAAUAUCUGGCCAUUUUGCCCUUUUCGGACCUUUGCUCUCACACCGUUUGGAAACUGUACUACGCGCUAAUUGUCGGCUUUACUGCCGAUGUUAUCGAAAACGUUGAAGACGAUUUCCGGAGAGAAGUUCAACAGUCGGACCGAACGAUUAUGUUCAACGACUCAUUGAUUGAUGUACCUGCCGACGAUUUGUACUAUUUACUGCAAACGUUCUCGUCCAUGGCAUUGUCGAGGGACCUCAAAGAGUGGGACUUUGUGGUGCGCGUGACUCUGGACAUAUUUCAGAUUGGUUUCGUGAAUGAAUCAACCAAAGAGAUUUGCUAUAAAAUUUCGCGCGAUUUAAUCGUUAACAUAACGACUCUGCAUCCGUUCCUGAUUUCUUCGGUUCUGGCUGAAGUAAAGGAAAAUUAUGAAACGGUGGACAAUGCCGUUUUCUUGUUCAAAUCACUUCCGUUGGACAAAUGGAAGCCGACGAUGAUCGAUUUUGAGUACGCCGCAUCUCUCAUUCUAAACAAUGGUUUCGACACAUCGAAGAGCCUGCUUGCUAGAACGAUUUUCAGCCGACUGAAUUGGGGUUUCGACGAUGUUCAGGAACUGUUUCUCCCGCACGACAUCCACAUUCGGAUGGCCUGUCUGAUGGCCGAAGUUUCAUCCAAACAUGUUCCCGAAGUGAUCGGAUCAUCGGGUAUAUCGGAAAGUGUUCGCAACGUUUCCAGCCUGGUUAAGGGUCAAACGACACGACAACAGUUCACCACAUGGUGUUGGAACAUGAUCGCCUUGCUACGGUUGCAUUGCAUGGAUCAAAGUAAUGGUGUGGUCAUUCAGACGCUGCACAAUCCAGCAGAUAUAAUGAAGCACAUACCGGAAUUGGAGCGCAUCCAAGCCAUUCAUCAAGGUGUCACCGAUUCACGGCCAAUGGCCCUAUAUUUGUCGCUACUGUGUUCGGUGUGGGGUCAUUCGGUUCCGCAAAUCUGUCACAAGGGAUUCAUGCAAAUGCAGGCUCUGUUGAGCGAUUAUCGUCAUUCGAUUGUGAUUCGAUGCAUUCAAUUGGUUGUGCCUUUGUUCUUGGAGUGUCCGGAAAGUUUGAGCAAGUGUGAUAAAUUUCAAGCGAUUUUGGCACAUUUGUUGGCUGCUGACAAGACCUACAUUAAGAUGGCAAAGGAUCUCAUUACCAGUGACUAUGUCGGACCGGUUGUUGAACUGUUAGGCAAUAUGAUUCAGUGCCAAAUCAUCAAUUACGUCAACUACGGUCUCCGGUCACCCGUUUUACUAGUUAAUCUGUGGCUGCAAUGUCUGACAAACAAUGCGAAUUGGUUCAAAGAUGUCAAUGCCGUGCACAUAAUCGAUUUAAUUCUGAAGAUUGCUUAUCAAUUCCAAGACGCAUGGUACAGUGCAAAGGAAUUUUUCCGCUUCAUGUACGCGAACUCGGAUGAAUCGAACGCCAGCAAACAAUCCUCGUUUCUGACAUUUUUGAUUAGCUCACCAAAUGGUCCGUUUCCUACGCCAACAGCCAAUGCAUUGUGGCUGGCCCUACUGACCCUAGAAGUGGAGCACGAAGUUUUGGAAAUACAAACAAAACUGUGGCCGGAAUUGCUGCGACAACUCCAAGAGACCGGUGAGAAAUUUUCGAUGGACACUGUCAUCAAGAAAUCGGCGAACAUUGUUGGAUGUCCGAGCUGUCCGAGCACAUCAUUGACCGUGUAUAAGCUAGCCAAUCUGAUAGUGACGUGUUCGCAUAGCCAUCCACUGUUGCCGAUCGUUUGCCAAAAAUUCUUUUACCUCUACCAUUCGCGGAUACCGCUGAACCGGGACGAACAACAUUUGACCAAUGAGUACAGCGUUGCACCAAAAUUCUACGAACAAAAUAUUGGCUUGAUGAAGAAGUUGAAGAGUUUCUUCGUCGAAACGGACAACCAUUACAACGAGACGGCAUUGAAAUCGGAGGACGAUGCGCUGUCCCAUUUUUACACAUCCGUUUCGAAGCUGUUCAAAAGCUUUACGUUAUGGCUGGAAGAGACUCGCAUCAGCCGGGUAAAUAGAGUUACCGAAUUUGAAUUUCCGCCUCAAUUCAAUCCGAAUAAAUUGGCUGCAAUUUUCGCACGAAAUGAGACCUACUGGACGGAGUUUGUGUACCUUCCAAAUAUUCGAAAGCAACAGAAAGGCGCGGCAAAUGCUUGGCUCAAAACGUGUUUCCGAUUCCAUUCCGAAAAGGUAGUUCGAUCAGCAUCUCGAUCAAUGGAAUCCUCUGAUCCGAAAGAAAAUAUCAUACGCCACCUGCAGAGCUACGACAAGCCAAUCCAACCACCAAAUAUGCCAGAGGUGGGCAAACUGAUCCAAAGUAUCACGUACAAUGAUCUGUCGUCAGAUAGAGCUGCAUCGAAAUUGAGAAAAGCUUUCCGAAACGUCGUUGACUAUUCAAAACAUUUCAAUAUGACCAUCCAGGAAAUGAAUUCACUGAACUGCAGUUACAAAGACCUGACCCGACUUUUGUACGAAAAUAAGCCAAUCAAUACACAACGAACGGUUGUCUGUAAAGCAUCGAAUGGAUGUAUCGGCUCGGGAACCGUACAGAUUAAGAUAUUCACAACGUCCACCAACGAAUCGAUUCGAGCGAAGAUUCUGAAUAACCGAGAUCGCUGCCAUAAACUGACCGACUUGCAAUUGUCGAACAUACCGCAGGAUUUCACCAGAUCCGUGGUUCAGAUUCGACACUCGAUCCGCUGUUUGUUAGCGAUGUACCAGACGUCAAAGUACACCAAGCAACAGAAUCAAAUUGAAGCCAUCACGAAUGUCGGCCUUGUCUUGUUCUACGAGAUUGUGAAUGGCAUCAAUGAGUCGGUGAAUCUGUGCCAGCCAGCCCACGAACUCUGCGCCCACGCAUUAUCGAGUCUGGGCGUCUUGAUCAUCGAAAAUCAGAACAAAGAAGGAUUGCGGCUGCUGCAAACGGCUGUCAAUCGUUCCGAUUUGAUAAACAUGUUCAGCGAUCUGAUCGUGCCAUCGCAGGCCGAACCGCAGUACUUUCGCGAGAUGUAUAAGUUCAUCGUUGAUUCCUAUCUGCGAAAGUGCGACACCAAAAUUUUGUUCGUCCUGCUGUCGAAAUUCGACAUUUACAAUUGGCUGAUUCAGUUUAAGCCGAAACUGUACGACAUUACGGAACUACUGAAGCUAAUCGUCAAAGGUUUGGAAUGUUGGAGCCAUAGCGACUCUACGUUAAUCCAGGGGCUGCUACGACGACACCUCAUGCACAUAUUCCAACACAAUUUCCCCGAACACUACGGCGAAGUACUUCAAAUCGUAUUGCUUCGAUCAUCCGAACAAAAGCUCAUGCCGUCCAUACUCUUUGACAUUGUGAAUGCUCUGUACCAUUUGUCCAACUGCAAACUAUUGGAGCCGAACAAUUCCACAUCGUAUCGGGACGAUAUUCACAAUUUCGCCAGCACCCAGAAACUCUUUUCGUACAAGGAUCUACUGGACACGAUGCUGUUACUCUCCAGACAUUUUCAGAACGAACGGCUGCAGCACGGACUGCAUGGGCUCUAUCCGAAACACAAAGAUUACUGUGAUAAUAUCUUACUGUUGCUGAAAUCGAUGGGACAUUCAGUUAUCAUUGCUGCCGUUCAUGCGUAUCCGGGCGUGUUAGGUGACACACUGGUCGAGUGGCUGUGGCCAUGCUUAUGCGACACAUUCUCUCCGUGGCUGGUGCCAUACUAUCCUCAAAAUAUGGAAAAUUCGCCGGCGAACUGGAUCAAACAAGUGAUGUCAAACAAUCAAAUUCUACUGCCGUGGAGUGAAUUGUAUGUCGAUUCUGCUCAAAAAAUGGUCCAUGCGUUCGUCGACUGUAUUCAAUUGAUCUUGGAUAUGUUGCCAGCUAGCGACACGAUUCUCGGCCACAUUUUCUUCUGGUACGAGAUCCAUUUCGGCAAUCCAGCUGUUCCCAAGCACAUACUGUCACCCAUACACGCAUCAUUAGCUCUGUUGCCGUGGAAUCGACUGAAACCGUCACCCGUUCACAUAAAAUGUUUAUUCAACGUAGUGCAGCAGUUUGUUCCCGAGUGCCAUUCCUUUGUCGGCCAUAUUUUCUUACGGAUAGCAUGGACCCCCUGGUUACAAUUCCAUAUUCAACAAUGGGACUCGGUGACGAGACAGACUGUGUUCUCGUCUCUGUUACUGUGCUUCGUUAAGUUGUCGUACGAGCCACAUGUUCGCGACAACAUUCAACUGGUACCAUUGCUACAGCAGUCAGUUAAAUUUCCUUGGCAUCUGUUGGACUUCCAGGGAUGCGAACGAGUUUGCGAAUGGUUCAUAACGUCAACCGAACCGUCGGUCAUUUUACGGUUGCCGUGUGAUUACAGUUCUGUGGACGCUGAGGUUCUGAAUCUGUUGCAAUCAGCUGCGGAUAUGCGUCCACAAGGUGAGAUGGCUUCAACGUCGUCACAACAACAUUCCCUAGUAAAACGUGUGUUAUAUGUAAAAACCGUUGUUCGUAUGCUUCGUUUGUGUGGAUCGAAAUACCAACAGCUGUUGACAACCAAAGAAGGACUUGCGUCUUAUCACUCAGCUGUCGAUGAUUUGCUGAAUUUAGUUGAAAAUGUUUCCAGAGGUACUGAUGCCGAGACAGUAACUUUAGUUACGGAAAUUGUCGGUUCGUUACAAUCCUACGGUGAAUUUACGUCGAAAAUUUUCGUUGAGGCAAUGAUAAUUUGGCAAUCGAAAAGCCAAAUUGGCAGCAAAGUCUUAUCAUGUACAAUCAAUGCAAUUGGGUCGUGCAAAAUGUAUUCGAAUGCCAUAUUCACGCUGUUGGAGGCAACCGUAUACAACUAUUUCCGAACGUUAGAUUCGACGAAACACUUCCACAAUCCGACAUGGACCAGCAUAUUGUCGCGACUGAAUCAUACUCUGCCAUCGUCCACCGAAGGCAAAGAUUUAAUACAACGGGAACUGUUUCUGUGUCUGCAUGUUUAUUCCAUCUAUAAACUGAACGUUUUGAAAGAUUUCGGCGAUAAGAUAACAUUCUUGCAGACGAUGCAUCGUCACUUAGAGAACUAUAAGAUAAGCGAACACACUGAAGCUAAGGUUGCCAUGAUAUGGGGAUUAAUUGUUGCCUGCGGCUAUCAAUUGUUGAAUGUCAACGACAAUUCGAAAGGUCAACUUCUCACACUAGGCAGAUAUUUGCAAACGAUUUCAAAUCAAUCAGACGGUUGGGGUGAUGGAUUACUUGGAGCUAUUGGACUGAAAAAGGACGGUUUUAGCAAAAAGCGUCGCAUUUUAACGAAAUGCUUAUCGUGCAUUGUGUUUUCGCUGUUCCCAGACGUUCGAGACGACUCACAAUUGCCGUGCAAGGAAUUCAUCAAUGCCACGGAAGAGUUAAUAUCGACGAUAAAUUCCAAAAAAUUUUGCGAUAUUCGAUCCGUUGGUUUGGUGGCCGUUGAUAUCAUUGAAAAUCAGGCGAAGGAUUUGAAUCAAACGAAACAAAAUAUUUGCCUGUUGAUUCGACUAUUUUACAAGGAACAUUAUUUGCUCUCAAUGGAAGACGCUUGGAAUUUUAUUUAAUUUUAAUUUAGCAACGGCCAGUAUGUAUGAAAAUGAAUUUACGGCGACAAGAGCCUUGUGUUUGUUUGUUUAAGUUUCACAUUAUUAUCACUGUAAAGAUUGACGUUCGAAUUUUAAUAAAAUUUAUAUUCAU